AUCAGCUCGAGAGAUUGAGAAUGGGGAAGGGUCCCUUCUCGUUGAAGCGUAGCAGCAGCAGCCGCCGUCGGGCGAAGAAGUUUAUUGGCCCUCCACCUUCUCCUUUUCCUUCGCCGCCUCAGCCUCAGCCGAUGGGACACGCAACCUCGCCCCCACUCUCACCCUUGAACAACAAUUUGGCCGUGAAAGCCAAGAAGAAGGCCGGGGGAGCCAGGCUCUGGAUGCGGUUCGAUCGCUGCGGCGGUUCCGAGCUAGUGGAGUGUGACAAAAAUGCUAUUAUCCGACGUGCUGCCAUUCCUCCUCGUGACUUGAGAAUUCUCGGCCCUGUUUUCUCCCAUUCCUCCAGCAUCCUUGCCAGGGAGAAGGCCAUGGUGGUCAAUUUGGAGUUCAUAAAGGCUAUAGUUACCGCCGAAGAGGUUCUGUUGCUUGAUCCUCUGCGGCAGGAGGUUCUUCCCUUUGCGGAUCAGCUAAGACAACAGCUUCCUUUUAAAACCCAAUCCAGGGUUGAUGACCAAGACAAUGAUCUGGAUGCGCCAACUGCGAGGCAAUGGUUACCUGUUCCCGAGGCCGUUGAAGGUUUGCAAUGUGAUCUCCCGUUUGAGUUUCAGGUUCUCGAGAUUGCUCUAGAAGUUGUCUGUACCUACUUGGAUUCCAGUGUGGCAGACCUUGAGAUGGAAGCUUACCCGAUACUCGAUGAACUAGCCAGAAAUGUUAGCACCAAGAAUCUUGAACUUGUUCGCAGUUUGAAAAGCAAUCUCACCCGUUUGCUUGCGCGAGUACAGAAGGUCAGGGAUGAAAUCGAACAUUUGCUGGAUGACAAUGAAGACAUGGCACAUUUAUAUUUGACAAGAAAGUGGAUUCAAAAUCAACAAUCUGAGGCUUUGUUGGCGCGGUCUGGCUCAUAUAGCAUCAGCCCUGCUGCACCCAAUCUUCGUCGGCUAAGUUCUAAUAGAAGUGGUAGUUUGGUAACUAGCAACAACAUGGGCGAAGAUGAUGUAGAGGAUCUGGAAAUGUUGCUUGAGGCUUAUUUUAUGCAACUUGAUGGAACUCGUAACAAAAUAUUAUCUGUACGGGAGUAUAUAGAUGACACAGAGGACUAUGUCAACAUUCAACUUGACAACCAGCGAAAUGAACUCAUUCAGCUUCAAUUAACAUUGACCAUUGCAUCAUUUGCUAUAGCCGUUGAGACCUUGAUUUCAGGAAUAUUUGGUAUGAACAUUCCCUGUGUAUUAUACAAGACGUACGGGAUAUUUGAAUACUUCGUUGGAGGAAUUACUGCAUUUUCGGUAUUGCUUUUCUUCCUUAUUUUUGGGUACGCGAGGUGGAAGAAGCUGCUUGGUUCGUGAGUCUCCUUCAUGAACUUCCGUAUAUAGACUAGAUUUACAAACUUGUUUAUAAGCCUGACUAUCAACUUCCCACCAAAAAGAAAAGAAAAAAGAAGACCGACGUUUUGUGUCGGGUAAUGCUUGUUAGACGUUUUGUGCGAGCGCUAGAGUGUUGCAGUUUAGUAAGUGCAACACGUUCAGGGAUUCCAUCCCUUCUCUUGAUAUGACAAGAACUACUGUAGCAAAUUGCAUCAAACAAACUUUUACAACUGCUGUAACAUCAUUGGACCUUUCUUUUGUUAUAAUACAGUGAUUUUUUCAUCUCAUAUUGCAAAAA